AUGAGUGACUUCGAGGUGCUGGUCUGCUUGAAAGACGGAGGCCCCGGCAGGGAGUUCGCCAUAAGCGCGGACGUUCUACGGGCCUCGAGUUCGUAUCUACGCGACCUGCUGUACGAGAUUCCCGGACCCGCGAACAUGCGUCUGCAGAUAGACGGCAUCUCGGAGCAGGCGUUCGAUGGCCUCAAGGCGUACCUGCGAAACAGCGGUCCCGUGGUGACGUGUGAGAACGUGACGGACCUGUACAGCUGCGCGUACAAGCUCCGGCUACGACCGCUGACCACCCGGUGCCUCCAGUACCUGGCACAGGCGGGACCCAUCGGCAGGCAACUGGUGGUGCUGCAACAUGCGUCUCGCUUCAAACUGCCAGCCGAGCAGCACGCCGCCUUCCAGUUCGUCGCCGAGAAUUUCGACGACGCCGUCAGGACCCGACAGUUCGUGGAGUUGGAAUGGAACACCGUGAAGAGCCUGUUGUGCGCCGAUGUUCUGGGCACUUCCUCGGAGACCAAAGUGCUGCUGGCCGCGCUCGCUUGGUUGGAGCACGACUAUCAGAACCGUAAGCAGUUUGAGGAUACGGUGAUGGCGUGCGUGCGUUUCGGCCUGCUCCCAGAGCCGGUGCUGCUCUCGUGCUUCGAGGCUCCUCCUGUGGGCAAGAUGGCGCUGUCCGGUCGCCCGGUUCGCAUGCAACUCAUGGAGGCCGCAUUCUCGCACUAUGUGCGCAUGCGUGGUAGACCGGACCUGGCAUUGGAGGUGCGCAAGCGGACCUUCACGGUAGCGGCUCCCGCCGGCCUGUCCGAAAGAGAGAGCUCCACCGCGACGACGUCACCCGCGUCGGGCGUCUCCCCCAGCGUCGCAUCGCCAACAGCCGUCGGCGGCCCACCGCAGCAGGCGGGGACGUCCGAAGCGUUCCUACCGCCAGCGAGCGGCAGCUGGCCGAACGACGCUCGCUACCGCGACCACGAGGACCAAGUGGCCAGAGUGCAGGCACUGGUCAGGGGAUUCCUGGCCAGGCGCUGGAUGAAUCCGGCAGUGGUCACCUUCAUCGUCGUCUUCAUCGCACCACCCACGCAGCACCGGGAAUUCAUCUGGAAGAUGCAGGCUGGAUUGUGA